AUGGGAAGUUAUAACUACAAGAAUAAGUGGUUUACCUUGAAAAAGUUGUCGAUAAGAUUAUUCAGAGUGCUCGAAUCAUUUACAGGGAAGAGAAGCAAUCCAGCUAAGGUUUUUAGUGCCCUCACUUGGAGUUGGUCAUCAAGAUCACUUCAAUCUCCUAAAGAUAGUGUAAAUUCGCAUGAAUCUAACGACCCAUGUAAGCCUGGUGCUCAUUGCAUUACUCUCCAAAAGCUUUAUUCAGAGGAGCAAAAAGUCUACAAGGAUGUUAAGGAGGAAGAAAUGGCCAAACUGGAGUAUGGUAGAAAAUCGCUAUUAUUGCAGAGAUUGCAGGAAGAGCACGAUUAUGCCAAGGCUGAGAAAACACGUUUAGCAUAUGAAAGCUUGGAAUCUUACAUAUCAUCUCUGCAAGAAUCAAUUGAGAAGUCAUCAUCGACUUUAUUGACCCUCAUAACCAAAGAGCUCCACUGUCAGCUGAUCACACUAACUUCAGGAUUGAUGCAUAUGUGGCGAACAAUGCACGAUUGCCAUGAACUCCAAAGUCAUAUUUCUGAGCAGCUGAAUCAUCUAGCUGAUCAACAGAAAAUCGAGCCGACUGCCGAGUCUCACCGUCAGGCGGCUGCUCAGCUUCAGACAGAAGUCAACUCUUGGUACCUUAGCUUUUGCAAGCUUGUUAAAUUUCAACACGAGUAUGUGAGGGCUCUCUGCAAGUGGUCCGAACUUACGCAUUAUCUGCAAGCUAUUGACGGCUCAAGAAUUGAUGACUUGAAAAAGGUCCACACUCUUGCGAAAAAAUGGCUGCAGGCACUUGAUAAUUUGCCUGAUAAGAUGGUGUCUGAGGCCAUUAAAGCUUUCUUAUCAACCGUCCACACCAUUGUCGUGCAGCAGCAUGAAGAAUGCAGCAUGCGCAAAAGAUCCCAAAGGCUAGAAAAAAAACUCGAAAGAGAGCUUGCUUUACUUUCGGAAGUUGAGAUGAGAUUUUCCAGAAACUUCUCGACCGAAGAUUCUAACUCUGUAUUGACUUCUAAUAACCACCCUUUGACAAUCAGGCGUGCAAAAGUCGAAGCAUUGAAGGUGUUAGUGAACAACGAGAAGGUUAAGUACAUGAAUUCUGUUAAAACAACGAGGGUCAUGAUUGUUAAUAGCCUGCAAAUGAGUCUCCCCAAGGUUUUUCAGGCGCUUACAGUGUUUUCGAGUGUUUAUGCCGAUAGUUUUGAGGAAAUUCUUAGUAAUGACACUGAGCGUGAAGACGUGCAGCACACUCCAACUCGUGUAAUUUAA